AUGAAGUGGUUGAACCUUCGGCUGAUUAUCUUUCGACCAAAAUGGAAGAAGUUGAAAAUGGUGAGAUUGUGGCGUCGCCUCUUUCAGAUGUCACCAGCAAACGCAAGGAUCUUCGUACUGUGUUGCGUGUGGAGGGUAAUGCCUGUUUUCUUGGCUAGCAAAUACAAGAACAAGAUCUUCGUCAAAGAUCUGACGCCUGCCGUCUGGCUAGACUACAGCAAUUUCCUCUUGGGCGACAAAGUUUAUCUGUUGCAGAUCCCUUCGCCGUCAGGAAAGGGCAAGUCUGAGCAGAUCGCUCUGCGUCCUCCAUGGACAGUCAUGCUUAAUUAUGAGUUUGAGCUGAGGAAAGAGGCUGUCAAGCGUGCCUUUCGAGACAGUCGUGCCCUCAAGGACACGAUUCUGGAGGUGCAGAAUGACGCCCAGCUGAAGGAGCAGUUCUUCACGUCCCCCAUCGCGUUGCAACAUCGCGGCGUGCCAGACGGCACUGACUGUCGGACAAAAUCCGGAGAAGUCCCUGGGAGCAUUUGGCAGCUCCCCGAGCUGCGUGAGUUGGCCAUUGUGGAGUCUGUCCCCGGUUCAUGCGCAGGCGAAGUUUCUGUACAGCCAUCGGCGGAAGAAUGUGCGCGCUCCCUCCUUUCCGGCCUUUCCAUGCCCCUUCCUCAGGUACUGUCUUUGGCCUGGCUUCUCCCUCGAGAAGAUGCACACAAAGCCACGCAGGCAGAUCGUGGAGGUGCCUUUUAUGCUGGAGCAUUUCUUCGAGGAGGUUUGUAUGGCCUGCGCUCCACUUGCAGCUCCCAUCCCUUCUCCAUCCAGUGCUUUACCCGCCUUCUGCGGGAAAGGUUCCCCAAUCAGGUCUUCACCUCCUUUGGUAUCUUCUUCAACGUGUUGACUUCCAUGCACCGCGACUCGCGUAAUGCUGCUUUUCCUAAUCUGUUGCUGGCAUUGUCAAGCUUCACUGGAGGCGAGGUCUGGCAAGAAGAGCCCGGUGGACAUGUGCUUCGCGCUGUUCAGGGAACUUUGGUGGAGGGUAGGCUGCUGGAUGUCGCUGCGUCGCCCCAAGUGCUGCAGGCGCAUCUUCGUUUUCAUUGCACAGAACCUUGGUCCGGUGACCGUGUGGUACUGGUUGGCUUCUCCGUUGAUUGCGCCGGCUUGCAAAACUCUCAAAUCUGCCAGCUUCUAGACCUGGGAUUCGUGUUGGUUCAGACUCCUGCGGAGAAAGGGGGUCUGUCUGAGCCACACCAAUCUUUUCCUCCUCUUCCUCCCGUACUCACUUCUGGUGCCCCGGCAUCUCAAGCAGAAGGUACAGGUCAGGUUGCCCGUUCCUUUCAGGUGCCCUGGCCAGGUGCCCAGGUCAAGGCAGGUCCAGGUGCACGAGGUCAGGCGUCCAGCUCGUCUGCGCCCGAAGUGCAGCUGCUGUGCCCAGGUGCUCAGACCAGGUCAGGUAUAGGCGCACAAGGUCAGGCGUGCAGUUCGCAGUCGGAGGGUGUGUUCUGGACCACCGAUCAGGUGCAGGCUUCUAUGGGCAGCCCAGAGUUUGUGGACGGCUUUGGUCUUUGCUCUCCAGGUAGGUGGCGGCCACUCCAGCGGGGCAGGUUGUGCUCCGAGGCUGAGCUGGAGCAUGCAAGGGCACUGCAAAGGGUUCUCAGAGACUUUGUGGUCGGGGAGCUGUCUGAUCCCCGCAAAGCUGCCUUCAUGCUAGCAUCUGGCCACCUUGAGGUAUCUCCCUUUGAUCCUUGCAAGCUGGGCUCCCUGACAAAGAAGUUGGCGGAGUUAUUGCCUGACCCAGGUCUGGCGCUGGAGCGUCCAGAGGGCCAGCCGUUCUGGCUUCACCUUUUGCGCCAGUCGCUUGUUCUGUUGGGGGACCCCGACGCUGCAAUCCUUGUUGAUGGAGACGAGUCCUUUGCCGAAGGUGUGCGCUUAGGCGAUGAGCAGCCAAUUCCGCGCACCCCUCAGGUUUUCCCGAAGAGGGUCAACUUCAGGUCGCUGGAUGUCACAGAUUUCGAACCGGACAUGGCCAAUUACUCGUCAGCUGAAUUGUCAUCUGACCAACUUGAAAAGCAGUUCCGUAAGGAUGAGCUGGCCGGGCUCAUGCGCCCCACGACUGAAGCGGCUGUGGAGGCGGAGUAUGGGCCAGGGCCAAACCUAGUGGAGAGGCUGGAAGUGCCUGGUCCCAAUGAGGCCGUGGAGAUGACUGCGUUGGGGCACGAAAGCAAAGAGGCGGUGUUCGCUAUUUCGGCGGACAUCGCCCAAGCUCACCGCAGGGUGAGGGUGCGCAAGGCUGAUUGGCCCAAAUUAGGUUGCCGUGCUUCUUCUUCCUCUCGCACGAUCUGGAUAAACCGGGUCGGUACUUCUGGUAUCGCAUCAGCCGCCUAUUGGUGGGCUCGCCUCUUCGGGCUGGUAGGCCGUUGGGUGCUUCGCCUUAUGCUCACCUCCUUCAACCUCCAGAUGGUCUAUGUAGACGAUCUCCAUCUGAUGACUGCUGGUGCGCAGAAGUUCAUCAACCUUUGGAUUAUUCUUGCAGCGUACGAAGUGGUCGGCAUUCGUGCUGCCUGGAUCAUUUCUUGGAUUGAUAAAGCCGCUGAGUCUUCCUGGGUUGUAGUCGGCAGAUCCCUGAUCGAGCUCACGGGGAGGAUGACCUUUGUGUCCCGCAUUCUUACCUGGAUUAAGCCGUUCCUUGCCCCCUUGCACGCCUGGUGCUCUGUGUUGGCCAGAGGCACUGCCUGUCGUAUGCCUGCCCUUGUGCAUCUUUCACUGGUGUUCCUGCGGUCUCAGCUGAGGGAAGGACAUCGCCUGGUCCCAGCUCCCCAUAAAGCAACACCGCUGCAGCAGCUCUUCCGCACGGACGCUAAGUGCGAGGUCGGGCGGAUAGUCUUAGGAGGUUGGCUUUUGGGUAAGGAUGGUUCCUCUCGGGGUGCUAGUUGGUUUUGCUUAGUCCUUAACCCUUCUGACGUCCCCUGGUUGUUCAAACCCGAUGGUUCAUCACAGUGGGCUUCGGCAAGUGCAGAACUGCUUGCGACAUACCUGGCUUGUGUGGUGUUCGCCCCACUUACUUCGCUUGCCGGACUGGUGCUCCCUGCCAUCAUCACUGCAGGUACGGACAAUCGGUCCAAUCCACAGGCGAUUGCAAAAGGGUCUUCCAUGAAGUGGCCACUGAUGGGCAUCCUUAUGCAAUUCACGACCUACUUGUUCUCGGCAGGCGCGCGCUUGAGGUUACAAUGGCGUCCACGCGAGGAGAAUGUCGAGGCUGAUGAUAUCACCAACUUGAGAUUCGAACGUUUCUCUUUGCGCAACAGAAUCGAGGCCUCUCUUGACAUGCUGCCCAUGACCAUUUUUGACUCGAUGCAAUCGGACCUGGGCAAGGCAGCAGAUGACGUCAUUCCAGCGCAGAGUUUCGGCCCAGAGAACCACGCCUUCAGCUUCUUCAGACAGAUAUGGGUAGAGGAAGAUGGUGGCGACUUAGAAAUGGAUACACCGAAGCUGAAGGGCAGGAGGAGACUUGUUCUGGUGGCGUAUGUCGUAGCCGGCCUGGAAAGACUUUCGGCGGAGCACCGUGCUGUGGUCACAGGUCUAGGUUUCCAGCUGCCAGUGUUGAAUUCAGGGCCUGAACUUUGCGGCAAUCGAGGUGCUCCACUCCUAGUGGAGUGGGAGCACAAGGUGGGCACUUUGCGACGGGGACAUUCCCUUGGCCAUCGAGCACAGGCCUUCGCCAAUAGAAUGCACAGGGUAGCCUUGACCUUUAUCCGACAGCGUGUGGCAGAUCCGGAGCGCCUGUGCCAUGCAUUGCUCCUAGGCAAGCUUGAAUCCACCCCCUUCAGCGCAGAACAGCUUCAAGGCGUCAGGGACCGGUGGGUCGAUGCUUUGGGGAAACAAGGGGAUCUGAGUCUUCUUGACAAGCCAGAAGGCCAACCUUUCUACUUGAAAGCCUUAUCCCUCUCAGCAGAGAUCCUUGAAGACCCUGACUGGCACAUCUUGACAGAGGGCCAGGGCUGCUUCUUGCGUGGAGUUCCGGUGGUAUUGAGCACGUUCCUUGGCAUGAAGGAGCACUGGCGCAAACUAGAUGAGUCGGAGCCGGACUUUGAUAGAUCAAACUAUAAGAGUGCAGAGCUGAGCGCCAGCCAGCUUCUGGCUAAGUUUAGAGAGGAGGAGAAAUUGGGCAGGAUGAGGCCCACAACACUUGGCGCGCUGCGGGAAGAAUACCCAGCGGACAAGAUCAGGGUCGCAUCAAUGGGCGCAAUUGAGAAGCCAGACGGAUCGGUUCGACCGGUCCACGAUGGGACACACGGGGUCCUGGUGAACAAUGGGAUACACCUUGUAAAUCACGUCUCAGUGCCGGGUCCGGCAGAGAUGGCAUUCGCCGUGCGACAGGCGGGGGCGCAGCGGGAGAUGCCGCUGGCUGUAGCAGCAGAUGUCAGCGCCGCGCGCAGACUCGUUCGCGUUCGUACUUGCGAUCACGGCCUUUUGGCGUGCAGAUCAGAUACCGAUUCACCCACGAUUUGGGUGAAUUUGGUAGGUACGUUUGGAAUAAGUUCAGUGUCGUUCUGGUGGGCUAGAUUGUUCGGGAUAACAGGCCGCGCUAUUGCCCGAUGCCUCUUGCAGCACCUUUUCUAUCAUUUUGUUUACGUAGACGACCUUCGCAGUGACUUCUAUGGUCGGAGGAAGUACGUCAACUUCUUGAUUUGGCUACUACUGCGUGAGAUGAUUGGCGCACCUUUCGCGUAUCAUAAAUUCCGUGGAGGGACGGUCGUUGCCUUCAUCGGAUAUGAGCUGGACUAUGGGUCUUGCCUCUUGGGACUUAGUGACACCCGUGGACAUUGGCUCAUCGCCUGGGUGGAUCAAGCAGCGCAGAGUCACGCCGCCAAGCUGCCGGACAUGGUCAUCCUGACCCUCCUUUACCUUAAGGAGAUGCUAGGGGUCAGCUUGACCGAUCUUCCACUUCAGCUCUUUAAUAAGUUGCUGGAGACUAAGAAUCAGUUCAUGUCG